AUGACGGACUCCACCAACGCCUCGCCGCCGCAGCGGACCACCGAAGGCGCAUCCCCGAAUUCGCCAGACCUCGAUCCGUCCUUCUACACAUGGUCCACCCUCUUCACGCUGCUGGCAGGCAGGGGAAAUCCAGGAGACAGGGAGAGGUAUCUCCAAAUCCGCGAUACUGUCAAUGAGGAGCGCGACUGCAAGAAGUGUGAAGACUACCGGGACUAUCUACUCAAGUACAGCCCAACCGUAACCUUCCUCCAAUCCGAAGUCGCCAAACUCGGCGGCAACCUCCAUGCCGGAAACAUCCACUGCAAACGCUGCACCGAGUCGCACAAGGGAGGAAUCAACCCAAAGGUCGGGGUACUGCUAUGCUCGAACCACAUGAAGGGCCGGUCACACUUGGAGGACACAUUGUCGCAUGAGCUGGUGCACGCGUGGGACUACUUGAGAUUCAAGAUCGACGAGACAAACUUGCGGCAUCAGGCUUGCACUGAGAUCCGCGCCUCAACCCUCAGCGGCGAAUGCCGAUUCACCCGCGAAUUCUUCGGUAAAAGCCAGUUCAACAUAACUCAACAACUCCAAGAGUGCGUCCGGCGGCGAGCUACACUCAGUAUCAAAGCACGGCCAGAAUGCAAGGACGAUGUUCAUGCUGCGAAGGUGGUGAACGAGGUUUGGGAUAGCUGUUUCUCAGAUACAAGACCAUUCGAUGAGAUAUAUCGAUGA